AUGGAUAACCUGGACGACGGUCAACAGUCAGUCUACACCGUACUGGUUACAGGCGCAAACAGCGGACUAGGCUUCUCAACCUGCUGCCGCCUCAUCGAUGAAUUCCUGCACUCGCGACCGCAAACCCAAACACUGCACCUGAUUAUCACAACACGAUCGUCCUCGAAGAACAAAGGCACGCAAACACGAUUGGACACACACCUCCAAAAGACGCUGCAGAAGGCCGACAAAUCGACACCGGGCAUUAGCAAAGUUCUCGCAACGCGUGUUAGGAUCUCUGGCGAGCAGGUCGAUCUGUGUAAGCUGCGCAGUGUCAAAGAGCUUGGAGAGAUAUUGGUUCACAGGGGCCACCGUAUCGAUGUGCUGGUCUGUAAUGCAGGGAUUGGUGGGUGGAAGGGUUUGAACUGGCCUAGUGCCGUUUGGUCCAUGAUGACGGAUUGGAAACAUUCUUGCACGUAUCCGACCUACAAGCUGGGCUUUGUAGGCUCUGUCGCAAUUCAAGGCAACGAAGAGAAGGAACAGCAACUGGGAGAAGUGUUUACGGCAAAUGUGUUUGGGCAUUACUUGCUUGCUCACGCGCUUGCACCUUUGAUGAAGGGAACCGAGACUCAGGAGCCCGGUCGCAUUAUCUGGAUAUCGAGUAUUGAGGCUUAUGCCCAUGCCUUUAAUCCAGAAGACCUGCAAGCCUUGACCUCAGACGCGGCAUAUGAGUCUUCAAAACGCCUUACCGAUCUUCUGGUGCUGACUUCGGAAUUGCCAUCUACUGCACCCUCAACAUCAUCCUUCCUUCAGGAAAAGGGCGAUGACAAGCACAAGAAACCAAUCAUGUACCUCGCUCACCCAGGUGUUUGCGCAACCAGCAUCGCAGACUUGCCGCUGUUGUUGUGGUACGCCAUGUUAUUUGCGCAAUACGUCGCUCGCUGGUUGGGUUCGCCCUGGCACCCUGUAUCUUCGUAUCUCGGUGCCGUAUCCAGCGUUUGGCUCUCCCUGGCACCUUUUUCAUCUCUCGCGCACCAAGAAUCUACUGAAGGAAAAGCCAAAUGGGCAAGUUCGACAGAUGUGUUUGGCAACGAACGCGUCGUGCGUACGGAAGUCGCUGGAUGGGGAUGGGGAGGCAAGGUAGGCGAAAAGGCAGAUGGAAAGAUGAGGUUGAGUGCGAAUAGAUGGAGAGGGCAGAAGGAUGUGACCAAAGAGUCGAGAGAGGAGUUUGAGGCGCUUGGACAAAAGGUCUGGAGGGAGAUGGAGGAGUUGAGAGAGACGUGGGAGAAGAGGUUGUGA